CUAUCCAUCCAUCCUAUUUCCUACCUAAUACUGUAGUAUUAGUUACUAUCUGGCUCUUCUUCUGGGAUUGUAUUGUCCUUUGCUCACAGAGGUGUUAGCAGAAAUCCUGCAGCAUCAGAGGUUAUGCGUGAACGUCCAUUUACAUAAUAAAUGCUCCAUUAGUAUUUGUGUAUUGUCCGCACUAUGAGGUGUCAGUGGUUGAGGUGUGUACGGAAGAUCAAGGGAGGAGACAUCAUUUUUGUCACUCUUUAGAAAACAUCAAGGGAAGGUCCACUUUGUUCUCCAGAGGAGUCCUUCAUCCAGUCCAUUUAUAAGAUGGCCAUGGAUCCUCAUUCUGUCAUUGCACUUAGUGGGCAGCCAUGGACUCAGAGCUUGACCAGGUCCUUUCCACCGUUCUCUCUCUAGAAGAAGACUAUCCAGCAAUGUCUCCUACCUUGGUGGACCAGUGCCACCCACCCGCAUCCAAUACCAUGCACUUAUUUCCUGGUUUCUUCUGUUCCACGGACGCUCAACAAGAUCUACAAUGCUCUCUUACCCUGAGGGAAUCUCUACUGGAGAUUUACAAUCUGGUAAGAAUCCAGCAGCAGGCACAAGUAGGGAAGAAACUGGAUCUGAAGAAGCCAUCAAAGAUAGUGAAGAUACCGUCAUCAUCAUCAACCUUCAACUAUGUACCCAAUGAAGAGUUUCCAACCACAGCUAAGCGAAAAUUCCACGAACAAGAAAAUCCAGUUUAUAAGAAGGCCAGGAUGGAAGAGGAUGAGAUGAGGACAACUGCCUCCAAGAACAGAGGAAUAAAGAGGACGAACUACAAUAAAGAACAGAUCGCCUUCCUCACCAGCGAGUUUGAGCGGAAUCCGUAUCCAGAUUUUACCAGCAGAUGUCGGAUUGGUCGCCUGACUGGAAUUUCAGAGCAAAGAAUACAGAUUUGGUUCCAGAACAGAAGAGCAAGACAUCUUCUACAACCAAGCAAAUCUGCACAGGAAGCUCAAAAUGGGAAUUUCCCAGCCACAGAAAAGACCUGGAAUGGUUACAAUGAGAAUCCCCCCAUCCUACAGCUCUAUGGAGCAGCCCCCUCUGCAGACCCCUCCUGGAUACUGUCAGACAUGGCGUCGAAGGAGACACAGGAAGCUCUUCAUCACUCAGCUAUCCUCCAGCAGACAGUGUGUGAACUAUGUUCUUUCUUAGGGAUUUAUGAAGGAUCCCAGACUGGGAAGAGAAUGGGACAAAACAUAACGAACUUGACAAUCCCUGAGACUAACAAGGAGGACAAACUGAGGAAUCCACUCAAAAGUAAAAAUCCUGACGAUGGACAGAAUGGAUGUAAGAAGCCCAGAGUAGAGACAAUGCCUUCCGGUGCCCGAUUCAGAAAGAAAACCAUCUACAGUAAUGAGCAGAUCAAGUUCCUUCAGAACCAGUUUGACUGUAACCCGUAUCUAAAUUUUCUGAGCAGAUGUCGUAUUUCUCAGAUCACAGGGACCCCAGAACCCAAUAUACAGAAGGAGACACAGGAAGCUCUUCAUCACUCAGCUAUCGUCCAGCAGACAGUGUGUGAACUAUGUUCUAUCUUAGGGAUUUAUGAAGGAUCCCAGACUGGGAAGAGAAUGGGACAAAACAUAACGAACGUGACAAUCUCUAAGACUAACAAGGAGAACAAACCGAGGAAUCCACUCAAAAGAAAAAAUACUGAUGAUGGACAGAAUGGAUGUAAGAAGCCCAGAGUAGAGAUAAUGCCUUCCGGCGCCAAAUCCAGAAAGAAAACCAUCUACAGUAAGGAGCAGAUCAAGUUCCUUCAGAACCAGUUUGACUGUAACCCGUAUCCAGAUUUUCUGAGCAGAUGUCGUAUUUCUCAGGUCACAGGGAUCCCAGAACCCAGGAUAUUGGUUUGGUUCCAGAACAGAAGAGCAAGAUAUCUCUCAAGAAGCAAUCAAAUCCUUGAAAAGAAAAAACCUACAGCUCAAAUCCUUCUUGAUGUUCAUGAGAAGCUUCCAUCCAUCUCCAUGGAGGACAUCUGGAUGUACUAA